UUGGGGUGUCAGCUGUGGCUAGUGGGAAGUUGGAACAGCUGUAAGUGCCUGAGAGAUAUAAGGAGACGGAAGAAGCAUAGUGCGCAGAAUUUUUGCACGUUGUUUCGAAUUUUCUCGGAGGCUGGAGAUUGGAGAGGGUGAGGCGCGGAGGUGAAGUGCUUAGGGUGUGUGUAUUUCUGUUUCUGGAGCGGAACGGGUUGCAGCAGCUUAUGUUGUGAUCUUUGUUUUUGUUUAGGUUACGAGUUCUCAAAUUUGUGAAGAUCUCCUCUAAGAAGCGUUGGAAGGCGAAUACAUCGGGGAAGGCUCAGCAAUCGUUUUAGAGUCUGCAGCCUUUGUGGAUUUCUACGUUUAGUUGGAAAGAGUGCAUUGGAGGAAUCAAGUCAUUACUAAUUUAAAAUCGCUGGCGAUUAUUGAUACUGUUGAUUGAGUCGCGGUUUUCUGGACGGAUCCUCUUCGCCACGUAGACAAGAAAUUUUACCAGCUUUAGCCAAAAUUUUGAAAUUUGGAUAGGAUCUGGAGUGACCCAAUCGAUGCAAUUCAGCUCUUGGUUGUAGAUUACUACGAUCCUUGCAUUAUGAUAUUGAUGACCCUGCGAUGGAUCAGAAGGCGAUUACUAUCUAGUAUUUAAGGAACGCAAUUAUCCAGGAGGGAAGAAAAGGCAGAAAAAUAACAGGUGCUGAGAUUCAACCAAGCGGAAAUCCCGGAUGAGUUCACGCCAGAGUAAUGGGAUGUUCUUACUGCAGAGAUAAUGACGGGGGAGGCUAAUAUAGUUUCUACAGCAGAAAAAAAUAUUCUUCGCCCGCUUCCCGCAGCUGGCUGUGUGUUGAACACAUAAUUUCCACACUAUUACAGUUUAGGCAGUGAUUUGGGAUCGAUGAUCUGAAAGUAAGCUAUGGAGUCCCGCCCAUUUAUCAGGGUUGCUGUCUGUGGUCUUGGUCUCCGUAUUCCUGUUUCAUCUAAAGCAUCUCGUGGCGGUGUCCACGCUGCUGCAUCUCCUUGUGAAUGUGAGAUUAGUUUACCGAAUUUUCCCACGGAAACGGUUCCAAUUAUGUUGUUACCUCCUACUUCUACCACAACGCCGGAUGUCAAUCAUGCUGCAGCAAGUUUUUAUUUGGAUGAGACUGCGCUUGAGAAGCUUUUAUUACCUUCUUGUAUGCCGCGAAGAACAAUACCUAACCUGGAAGUGGCAGUGUUCCUAAGAAAGCAGAAACUUGGCACAUUUCGGCUGCCCGUCACACUUGAUUGGGCUGAAGGGAAGCCCGCUGUGUUAUACAGCUCCUGGACGAGCAUCGGUAAUGGAAAGGUUGACGGCGGUAAAUCUGGCCCAAGUGCCGAGCUUCACGUUGUAGUGAAAGUAGAAGCUGAUCCAAGGUACAUGUUGCAGUUCGAAAAAGUGACGGCAUUGAGUCCUCAGAUUAUCCAGGUGUCCAGCAAGAACCAACAAUCUAUCUUCAGCUGCAAAUUCAGUCGGGACAAGUUAUCACGUUGCCGGGUAGGCGCAAGCGACAUGUCGUCAAACAGUGCUUGGGGUUCUAAAUCAGAGGACAGAGAGAAGCGGAGGGAGAGAAAAGGAUGGCUUGUCAUGAUACAUGACUUGUCUGGUUCCCCAGUUGCCGCUGCCUCUAUGGUAACUCCGUUCGUUCCAUCGGCAGGAUCUGAUUAUGUCGCUCGUUCAAAUCCAGGGGCCUGGUUGAUUCUGCGUCCAGAGUCACCUGGUGCUGAUAACUGGAGGCCAUGGGGUCGCCUAGAGGCGUGGAGGGAUAGGGGUGGAAAAGAUAUUGGCUGCCGUUUCCAGCUUAUGGCUGAAGGGGGAGGGGUGACUGGUGUUUCUAGUGGGGUACUGACAUCUGAGACCAUCCUCUCCGCAAAGAAAGGAGGAGAUUUUACUAUAGAUGCAAGAAGGUUUAAGCAGGAGGUCUCUCUUGGACCAUCUCCAGUGGAGAGUCCUCGGAGAAACAGCCUUAGUCCUAGAAGCAGUGGAGAGCUUUCCUUUGGUUUGGGUUUACACGCUGUGGGAGAAUUCGUUAUGAGCUGUGGAGUAAGAGGGGACAGAAACUCCAGCAAACCAUUGGUUCAGGUGGCCAUGCGCCACGUAAGCUGCGUGGAAGACGUUGCUGUUUUCGUAGCUCUUGCAGCUGCGGUGGAUCUUAGUGUGUACGCUUGUCAACCCUUUAAACGUAGGUUACGGAAGGAACUUGCAGAAGCUUUGUCAUCUUCCUGAGAUGUUGAAUACAUCAAUUUUUGGUAGCUAUAUUUACCGACUGAUCCUUUGAUCCCUGCACCUGAUAUGGUAGAUGUUGAGGUUACAGCACUUUCCCUUGGUAGUGCAUUUAGAGGUCAUGCUUUGGGGCAUAAUUCAGGCAAUGAGCGACAUGGGGCUUUGAGAGUAUAGUCAAACUAUUGGGCUUGUCUGGUCCUGUACUGUAUUAUAAUUGUAGGGACCCACGAUGGAAGAAGACGCCCCAUGCGAUGUAACAUGGUGUAAGGUUAUUGAAACGUAGGCAACCUCGCCAUGCCCCCCCCUGUAUUAUAUAAAGAUUCAUUGUGAGGCUCUGUUUUUGUUCA